GGCAAAAGACCAUAAUUGGGGGUUCACAUAACAUGUUUCCACUUAGCUUGGAAGGAUAAUAUUAAAAAAGAAAUUGGUUUAUGUGUAUAAAUUCAAAUAGGAUCGUUAGAACCAGUGAAUAGAAGCUAAAAAGAGAGAGAUUUCUGCUAAAUUAAAGUGUCUGAAUAAUUAUAUAUAUUUAAAAUGGAAAAGGGCUACCUGUAACUGAGAGUCACAGUCAUUGGACGUACUCAAUAGCAAAAUGCAGGUGGUAUUGUAAAGGCGAUGACUAGCUGAGGUACCAGUUGACAGUUUGUUGAAUGUUGCUUUUACCUUCUCCAGCCAACAAAAUAGCUACAUGGAAGCAGAAAACCAAACAAAAUUUUCAAAAUUCCUCCUGCUGGGCCUCUCAGAGGAUCCUGAACUUCAGCCCCUCUUCUUUGGACUCUUCCUGUCCAUGUACGUGGUCGCUGUGCUUGGGAACCUGUCCAUCAUACUGGCCGUCACCUCUGACUCCCACCUCCACACACCCAUGUAUUUCUUCCUCUUCAACCUUUCCUUUGUUGACAUCUGUUGCAUCACUACCACGGUCCCAAAGAUGCUGGUGAACAUCCAGACACAGAACAAAGACAUCUCGUACAUAGGAUGCCUCACUCAGGUGUAUUUCUUCAUGAUUUUUGCUGCACUGGACAAUUUUCUCCUGACCAUGAUGGCCUAUGACCGGUUUGUGGCCAUUUGUCAUCCCCUGCACUACACAGUCAUCAUGAACCCCCGGCUCUGUGUCUUGUUGGUUCUAGUGUCUUGGGUCAUCAUUUUUUUGGUCUCCCUGCUUCAUAUUGUCUUGAUCACAAGGCUGAAUUUCUGUAUAGACACUGAAAUGCCACAUUUCUUCUGUGAACUGACUCAGAUUAUCAAAGUGGCCUGUUCUGAUACCCACAUCAAUUAUAUCUUCUUGUAUGUGUUGACUGCCCUGAUGGGUGUGUUUCCCCUCUCAGGGAUCCUCUUUUCUUACUCUCAGAUUGUCUCCUCCUUAAUGAGGAUGUCCUCUGCCGGGCGCAAGUAUAAGGCAUUUUCCACCUGUGGGUCUCACCUCUCCGUGGUCUCUUUGUUCUAUGGAACUGGUCUUUGGGUCUGCCUCAGUUCUGCUGUGACCCAUUCUUCCCAGACAAGCUCUAUUGCCUCAGUAUUGUACACUGUGGUCACGCCCAUGCUGAACCCCUUCAUAUAUAGCCUAAGGAAUAAGGAUGUGAAGGGAGCCCUGGGAAGGCUCCUUUGUAGAGCAGGCUCUUGUCCACGAUGAUGGUUACUGGCCCCAAGGCUAAAUGGGCCUCAUGGUCCCCAAAACCAAAUAUCAUGAAUUUAAAUGUCCUGAUUCCUUUUUCUUCCUCAGAAGACAUGCAUCAUUUCUUCCAAUCCCAAAGCAACUAUAGUUGGCCUUCUACUUGUUAUUGUACCACAUUUCCUUAGUAAUUUUUUUUCCCUCUUCUUUCUUUCCUAUAUGCUGUCUUUAAA